CUCUCUCUCUUUCUGCAAGCCCUUUAAAUCAGAUUACUGGGUCAGUGACUUUCAUUAUCCCUCUUAUACCAGUAUCCUCUUGUCUUCAAGCUCCUGAAGGAAUAUUGCUACCUGAUUAGCAGACAUUUAAAGCACUCUGAAAGCACAUCCAUCAUUUUGGUCACGAUUGAUCAACGAGUUUUAUUAAAGUCCAAGAACACUUUGAAAGCCGCCCUUGUCCAAAUUUCAAUCACAAGGGCACAUCUUAAUAGAAAACAUAGAGUACGUUAUUGCCUGCGACUAAAGAUGUUUCCCUUGAUUAUAUGGUGAAACUCUGCUGGAGAACGAAGAGAAGACCUCUUUUGUUUAGGACUUUUACUAGUUGAAGGGAACUGGAUUUCCCUAAUAAUAUGAAGCCUUUUGAGAAUAGCUGUCUGUUUCUACUGCUCGCUGUUAUCCUGAGAUGCGUCUGCUCCUCCUUUAUCAGUGUCAACCUUGGGGUGAAAGUGAUGAAGGGCCAGUCUGUCUUCCUGUCAGAAGAUGACCUGCAGUUUUCCAUCCCCAGAGAGAAAGAUGCUUGCAAAGUGGAAGUUGUGAUUAAUGAGCCAAUAACACAGAGGGUUGGGAAACUAACUCCACAGGUAUUUGACUGUCAUUUCCUUCCGAAUGAAAUCAAGUACACUCAUAAUGGCUGUCCAAUUUUAGAUGAAGACAUGGUCAUGCUUAGGCUGUACAGAUUUACAGAAACGGAAACAUUCACAGAAAUGUUCAUCCUUCAAGUGCAAUUACUUGAGCCAGAUUGUAAUAUCAUCAAAAUGAGCACCAAUGUGCUGGAGGUCCCUGAGUUUUAUGGCCUGUCCAGGGAGAUUGACAAGAAUGUGCUCACUUUUGACUAUGACAAGAAGACAAACCUGGACUGCACCAUCAAACUGGCUUCUUUAGAAACUCUUCUACCAGCCCAUGGUCAACUUGUCAUUGGAGAACCUCAGCAAGAAGAGCCUCGUGGAGAUCAACCUCAUAGCUUCUUCCCUAGAUCCAAGCACAGAACAAGCCAAAGGUGCAGGAGUGGGCUCUGUGUUCCAGAACUGAAGAUGAUUCAGAACACCAAAAUGAGCUGUGAGGAAUUUUUGCUGAUGGGAAUUAGAUAUCAGCAUCUUGACCCUCCUUCACCCAACAUUGAUUAUAUUCCUAUCAGGCUGGACCUCACAGACAGCAGAAGCAAAACGCUGCACAAGACAGAGCAUGCAUGGCUCCCUGUCCAAAUCAAAGGUGCCAUUCCCAACCAAAUCCCCAGAGCUGCCUUCAUGGCUAUGUUCAUCCUGGAGGUGGAUCAGUUUAUUUUGAGCCCCAUGACAACAACAACGGUGGAUGCUGAAGACAGUGAAACACCCAAAUCCCUGCUAGUGUUCAACAUUACCAAGCCACCCCCACAAGGCUACAUCACUCAUCUGUUAGACCAUACCAAGCCUAUCACCUCCUUCACGUGGAAAGAUCUCAGUGAGAUGCUUAUCGCAUAUCAGCCUCCAAACAACAGCCAUACAGAGAGGAGGAAUUAUGAGGUGGAGUUAGAGGUUCAUGACUUCUACUUUGAAAGGAGUUCACCAAUCACUGUGCAUAUCUCCAUCAGAACAACAGAUACAAAUGCUCCUCGGGUUUCAUGGAAUACAGGCCUCGAUCUCCUGGAAGGGCAAUCCCGACCAAUCACAUGGCAACAGUUUCAAAUAGUGGACAAUGACAACAUCAGGGGUGUUCGCUUGGUCACAAUUGACGGCUUACAGCAUGGACGGCUCACUGUAAGAGGAGGGAAAGGAUUCAUGUUCACGGUCUCUGACCUGAGGGCUGGGGUUGUUCGCUACCACCAUGAUGACAGUGACUCUACAAAAGAUUUUGUGGUAUUUAGGAUCUUUGAUGGCCACCACAGUAUUCGCCAUAAGUUUCCAAUCAAUAUCCUGCCUAAAGAUGACAGCCCCCCUUUCCUGAUCAGCAAUGUUGUAAUUGAACUGUAUGAAGGGCAGACCGUUCUGAUCCAGGGCUCCAUGCUUCAAGCGUCUGACAUGGACUCCAGUGAUGACUACAUAUUCUUUAAUGUUACCAAACCACCACAGGCUGGAGAAAUCAUGAAGAAACCAGGGCCAAAGCUUAUAGGGUAUCCUGUCACUGGCUUCCUUCAGAGAGAUCUGUUUAAUGGAUUAAUUUACUACCGUCACUUAGGAGGAGAAAUAUUUGAGGAUUCCCUUGAGUUUGUCCUGUGUGAUAGCCAUGACCCUCCCAAUCUCUCAGAGCCACAGGCGGUGAUAGUGCAUAUUAUUCCUGUGGAUGAUCAGCUUCCAAAAGAAGCUUCUGGGGUUACCCGUCACCUCGCUGUCGAGGAAACUAAGAUAGCUCAUCUAACUAAGAAACAUCUCCAUUUCAUAGACAUGGAAGCACAAGAGAGAGAACUCAUCUACACAGUAACCACCUCCCCAUUUUUCUCUUCUACUCAUGGCCCCUCCGAUGCUGGGAAGUUGUUUAUGGUGGACAGCAUCCCCAAGCUAGUCAAGGAUCCUUCUGUUCCAGCACUGAGAUCAUUCACUCAGCAUGCUGUGAACUACAUGAAAGUUGCCUAUAUGCCGCCUAUCCAGGACAUUGGGCCUGAACCUCAGCAUGUCCAGUUUAUUUUUUCAGUCAGCAAUCUGCAUGGAGGCACUUUGUAUAGGAUCUGCUUUAAUAUUACAGUUCUUCCAGUGGACAAUCAAGCUCCAGAGGUAUUUACAAAUAACUUGAAAGUGGAAGAAGGGGGACUGUGCACCAUUACAGGGAGCCAUAUUCUGAUGUCAGAUGUGGACACAAAACAGGAGAACCUCCACAUCUACCUUCAGAGGCUGCCGCUGCAUGGAAUGGUAGAACUGGAUGGAUUUCCCAUGAACAAAGGUGACAGGUUCACCUGGCAGGACUUGCACAUGUUAAAAAUCAGGUAUCAGCAUGAUGGCUCUGAGACUCUGCAUGAUGACAUCCUCUUUGCAGCCACAGAUGGCAUUAAUUCUUUAGAGUUUGUCCUACAGGUCAAGGUGCUACCUGUAAAUGAUGAGCCACCAAUCAUGAAAGAUGGCCUCAUUCCCCUAAUACAAUGUCCAGAGGGUGAGGAAGUGGUCAUCACCUCAGAGUACAUUUAUGCCACCGACGCAGACAGCGACGACAUGAAACUGACUUUUAUGCUGGCUCGACAGCCCUACUAUGGGGUUGUGAGGAAAGCUGGUAUCGUUGUGGAUCGCUUCUCCCAAGCGGACGUUGUCUCUGGAGUAGUGACCUACAAGCAUACUAGUGGGGAGAUUGGCCUGACUCCUUGUUUUGACACCCUAACCUUGGUUAUCUCUGAUGGUGAAGCUGGCAUGGAUGUGAAUGACUGCUGUUAUGAUGGACUUCUUCCUCCUCCAGUACCACUUCAUGAUUCCUUUCCAGUAUAUGACCUUAACAUCAGCGUAUUUCCAGUGGACAACCAGCCACCAUCCAUUGCAAUUGGUGCCAUGUUUGUUGUGGAUGAGGGUUUCUCAGCUGUCAUUACCGCUAACAAUUUGUUUGCUACUGACCCCGACACCGCAGCAGAUGACUUAGAGUUUGUUUUGGUUUCUCCUCCCCAGUUUGGUUACAUUGAAAAUAUACUACCUUCCCCUGGGUUUGAGAAGAGCAACAUUGGUAUAAGUAUAGCUUCAUUUCAGCUGAAACACCUGAAAGCCUUGCAUAUAAAUUAUGUGCAGUCCAGGCAUGUGAGGACAGAACCAACUUCAGACCAGUUUAUGAUUUAUGUCACUGAUGGGAAGCAUCAUUCAGUGGAGACCCCAUUUUAUGUCCUGAUCAACCCAACAAAUGAUGAAGUCCCAGAAUUCAUAGCAAGGAACAUAACUGUGCAGGAGGGCCAAGUGAAAGAACUGGAUCUCUCUGUAAUCAACGUGAUUGAUCUGGAUGUACCUCAAGAUCGUUUGAUGUUUACCGUUGUCCAGCAACCCCAGCAUGGAUUCCUCAUUAAUGGAGUUUAUGGCAAUGAUGUUAUGAAUUACAAAAGAUUCAUUAACAGUCACCACAAUCAUGAACGUCCUGUGCAUGACUUUUCCAUGGAGCUUCUUAAGAAUGGAAUGAGGCUGGUGUACAUGCAUGAUGACUCUGAAAAUCUCAUUGAUGGUUUUACACUCCAGCUGUCAGAUGGGAAACAUAAAGUCCUCAGAACCAUUCUGGUAAAGGUCAUCCCAGUUAAUGACGAGAAGCCAAUGCUGAGCAAGAAGGAUGAGAUAGAGGUGAAUAUGGGUGAAACCCGAAUAAUUUCUAGUGCUGUUCUGUCAGCCGAAGAUAAAGACACCUCCAGGGAGAGAAUUUACUAUUUAUUUGAAAGAAUUCCAGAAAAUGGGCAGCUUCAGCUCAAGGUAGGUAGGGACUGGGUGACGCUCCAAACUGAAAUGAAGUGCACCCAGGAGGAAAUAGAUAUGAACCUUGUGAGAUAUGUGCAUACAGGAGCUAUGGGGUCCAGGAACCAAGACAGCUUCACAUUUCAUCUGUGGGAUGGGGACAACAAAUCCCCAGCAAUGGACUUCUAUAUAACUAUCAAGGAUAUGGAAAAAGGGGACAUUGCUGUUUUCGUGAGGCCACUUACUGUAUCUAAGGGGGACAGAGGUUUCUUGACAACUGAUGUUCUCCUUGCAAUUGAUGGAACUGAGAAACCAGAAGAGCUCCUCUAUGUGAUAACCUCGCCACCUCAGUAUGGACAGAUAGAGUAUGUCAGCUAUCCUGGAGUCCCUAUUACAAGUUUCAGCCAAAUGGAUGUAGCAGGUCAAGCAAUCUGCUAUGUCCACAAUAGCAAGGCAGCUGCUCCCCGAGACCUGUUCAGAUUUAUCAUCAGCAAUGGACUGAAGACUAAACACGGAACGUUGGAGAUCACGCUGGAGACAGUGGACCAAGCUUUGCCCAUAGUGUCUAGGAACAAGGGGCUAAGAUUAGUGGAAGGCUCUAUGGCACUCCUUUCUCCUGAUGUCCUGCAGCUUUCAGAUGCAGACACUUCCUCAAAGAACCUUACUUUCCUUUUGGCACAGCUCCCUCAAUAUGGCCAUCUGUGCUACCGAGGGGCUGUGCUGCUGCAGCACAAUUUCACUCAGCAAGAUGUGGACAACAUGGACAUGGCAUAUAGACACGGAGGAGGGGCUUCCCAGAUUGACAGAUUUACAUUUGUUGCAACAGAUAGGACUAAUGAAGGCUUCAUCGUAGAUGGGAAGGUGCAAAUGGAGCCUGUGGCAUUCACCAUUCAGGUGGACCAUUUGGACAAAACUGCACCAAAAAUUGUUCACCUCCGUUGUUCUUCAGAUGUGGAGCUCCUGAAAAAUGGCAAUUAUGGGAUUUACAUUACUGCCAGGUCCUUGAAGGCAUAUGACCCCGAUACAGAAGAGGACCAAGUCAUUUUUAAGAUUUUACGAGGUCCUCGUUAUGGCUACCUGGAAAAUAUAACAACAGGUGGAUUUAUCCAGGAAGGAUUCAGCCAAAAGGAUUUAAAUGGCAAAAACAUACUUUAUGUCAUCAAUCCAUCCUGGGAGGUGAAUUCAGACAGCUUAGAGUUUCAAGUCACAGAUCCCACCGGAAACUCUGCUGCCCCCCAAACUCUGGAACUGAGGUGGUCUCAAAUUGAAAUGCAACAGGCUGAGUACGUGGUGUGUGAGAAUGUGGGAAUGUUGUCUUUGAAAAUCACCAGAUUGGGGCACUCCAUGGACUCUGCCUUUAUUGCAGUGAAGGUUAAUGAAGUGACUGCUACAUUGGGAAAGGAUUUUACUGUGACUCCCUCUAAGCUCAUUCAGUUUGAUCCAGGUCAAUGCAGCUCUUUCCAUUCCUCUGGCCAAAACAAGCACAACUUAUGGGGGAAAGGCGCAUUGCUUCCAGUUUCCUCAGGCUCCUCAUCGCCCUCCAAUCCUGGCACUGUUCACUUGGAAGGAAUCCCGCUGUCCUCUUCCAAAGAGAUGAUGGUGCAGAGAGGGGAUGUGUUACAGGAAUUCAACUUGGUGAAUCUGUCAAGGAUGAGGCUUAGAGCUGUCAGAAAUGGCAAAAUAGUUCAUCCUUCAUCUGUGUUAAGAAAUGGAACCAAUGUGGCUUUUAAAUAUCAUGGAUUGGUCUCUCUCAGAGUAGAGGAUGACACCUCAUCAGCUAAUGCAAACAAGGCUAACAAGUCAAUAAUUAACCAAGGGCAGACAAAGAUAAAUGUGAUCUCCUCCAGGAAGACAGAAGUCCCACAAGCUGAUACGGCAGAGUUGAUGUCUGAAUCACACUCUAGCCAAAAGGACCUGGUCCUCUCCUUUCCAAAGAGCUGCACACCUGAUUUAGAGGGGCUCUUGCAUUUUGAAGAAAGUACCCAAAACUUAUUUCAGUGUGAUGGAAUUUCGUGGAAGUUAUGGACUUCAAAAAGCAAGGAUGUUAGCAUGAAAAAAUGCCCAUCUGGAUGGAGCCAUCAUGGAGGCAGCUGCUAUUUCCUGAUCACAGACCAGAAAGUCACUUGGAAUACAGCUGCUCGGGCUUGCCGGGAACAAUACCUUGGAAGUCUAGCAAGUGUGGUCACGAAACAACACAUGCAGUGGCUGUGGGACUUCAGUGGAAGGAAACCCUUUUGGAUAGGCUUUAAUGACCACGUUAAUCCUGGCCAUUGGGAGUGGCAUGGAGGAGAACCUGUCACCUUCACAAACUGGAGAAGAAGUCCAUCUCGCCUUUCAAAGCAAGGAAAGAAUUGUGUUUUGGUGCAGAGGCGAGGGAAAUGGCAAGCAAAAGACUGUAGGAAGGGUAAUAGGCACAACUAUAUCUGCUCAAGAAAGCUGUAAACAAAACUGACACUCAUACCCAUCUGGCCUUUCUUGUGCUCAGAAUGUUUAACUUAUAUUUGCAGUAUUCUGAGGGUAUAAGUGUAGAAAAGAAACUUCAUUAUCAUCAGGGUUUAUUUUUAUACUCCUGCUGUGGUAUAUUAGAGUCAAAUCGAGUUAAUGCGGUAGCACAGUGCUAAGCAUAGCAAGGAAGGGGUGGGCAAAUAGGUUCUCAUUAGAGAAAGACUCAGUAUAGAUCCAGAAUUCAAGCACCACCAAGUUUCAGAAUGUUUGGUUCUUGGUUUAGGUUUGAGCUCAUUACAACAAUAGAGGCUACUUGCAAAAUUCAGAUCUGAAUCCAAUUUCAGUUUUCAAACACCGCCACAGCAUUUGGAUCUGUCAUUUGUUCUAAUGAGAUGCCCAAAUUUUGUUACACUGAAGACUAAAGCCUUAGGUCUUACACCUAAUUGCCAUGUAAAUUUAUUCAUUUAUUUUUAAACAAAAAUAAACGAACACAACAGUCAACUUGCAAGUUCCAUGACUGGUGAAUGUAAAUUGUCUGUUGUUUGAAUUCAGCAGCAAUAAAACCUACAGAUUUACAGUUCUAUUAGCUUUGUUUUCACUUGCAGUUAUAGGGAGAGAAGUGGUGGGGGGAGGGAUAAUGGGCUCAUCUGCAGAGUGAGCUCUGUUGCUGAUAUUGGGUUGCUGUUAGGGAUGCGAGUGCUUCAAUCAUUGCUGUCCUAGCAUGGUACCUGAUCCAGAACUCACUGGAGUCCAUGGGAAGAAUCUCAGUGGGAGUUGGAUCAGGCCCACAGUGCAGGAGCACCAUGGGGAAGGAAGUCUGCUUUUGUCUUCUCCUCACCUUGCCCACCUGCACAAUAAUAAAUAAAUAAAUGGUAAAUUUUCAGAAUGGAGAGGGGUAACUAGUGGUGUUCCCCAAGGGUC